AUGUUUGGUGCGCUAAAUUAUGUGGAACGCGCUGUCCCACGGAACGAAAAUAGGUUAAAUUUUCGUUUCACCUCCUUGCCUGGAACGGGUCGUUCCGUCCUGUGGAACACAAAAAUCAUGAAAUUUUAAGACAAAAAUACCCCUUAGCUUUUUCAAUAUUUACGCCAUCUAAAUCAUACAACAAACCCUAACUAUCAUCUUCUCUUCUUUGUCGCUGUGAACUUCUUCAUCCCUGCAUCUCCCCUUCGCAACCUUCUUCCUCAUCCUCUUAUCCAUGAACUUCAGCUCUGCAUCUCCAUUCCAGUGCUUCGAUCUUCCCAAUAUUGCGUCUGUAACCAAAGAUCUGCCUCUGUUUAUCUGAUUCCACUCCCCCUAUUGAGUAGUAUUGCAUUCAGAGGUAUCUCUCUAUCUGGAUUCAUUUUUUCAGUGUUCAAGUUUCGAUUUUUAUGUGCUGAAAUCUAUAAAUAUGAUGUCUUUGGGUUCUGUUGGAUUGGAUUGGGUUACAUGUUUUGGAUUUUCCUCUGUUGGAUUGGGUUCUCUGUUGGAUUUUCCUCUGUUGGUUCAUUGUUGCUCAAAAUAUAGUCAUUUUAUAUCUAGUUUUGUACAUUGAACUUCUAAAUGUUAAACAAAAAACACAGUGACUAUUUUAAUUGAACAAAGAAUCGUAGUGCUCGAUUUUGAUUCCCCUCACCAAUGUAUAUGAUUGUUGAGGAUAAUUGCUUGGCUUAGAAAUUUUUGAUUUCUAGGAAGGGGAAAAAGCUAGAGUUUCAUGGGGGGAGAGAGAAACAAGAGAGCAUGGGUGGAAGAGAAAAAUGGCUGGGGUCUUUUGUACUAAUUUUUUAUUGUUAUUUUUAUUUAUGUGAGGUUUUGUGAUAAGGGAGGUUGCUUUACUGCAGCAACAGAAAAAUUAAAAAUUGUUUCAAGGAGGAGUGAAAUGACUCCAAUUUUAGGAAGCUUGUGCUUUUGGUUUGUCAUGAGAAAGAGAGAACACGAAGUGGGAGAUGAAGAUACAAAAUAUUAAGUUUAAUUGUAAUUUAAAUUUUUUUUAUACUGUUAGUGGAGGAACCCAUCUAUUGGGUGAAGUGGUAGGUCUAAAAAUGGAUAUCAUCCAGUGGAAGAACUCAUACGUGGUGUUUAUUUUUACACAAGAUGGGAAGAUGUAAACAGUUGGAGGUUCAUACCAUUUUCCAAGUUCUUUAUUAAUGUGAAUGUUUAUGUUAGUCUGAUUAAGAACAUAAGUGAAUAAAUCGUUUUCGAAUUUGUAAACAAAUAAUUGCUUACAAAUUCAUAAAACUUUCCACCAUAGUGAACUCCGAUCUGCAUCAUAAAUGCAUGAACAUAUUAAAGGGGUAAAAAUGCAAGUACUAUUUGUUAGCAAUAAAGGGCAAGGUUAGCUCCAACCUGGAAAUUUCAUGGACAUAUCCAAUUCUUAAUUUAUUAUGAGCAGUUGUAGAAUGCAAAGAAAGACAAGACUUUGUUUCAUCUUCAUCCAUUUUCUUUAUAACAUGUUUAAUGAAGAAAUUUUAGAGAGACCAACACAAACAUAACACGAUGUUGAAUGGCAAAGAAACCGCUCAAAGAUAAUUUAGCAAAAUUUUACAAUUUGCAACCCCAUCCAUAUGUGAAAUCCAAGCAUCUUUGUGACUUCUAAUUUGUUCGCUUGUUCUGAUAGUGAUUAAACUAUAGAUGUUAAUUAACUUAAUUUUUAGGUAAUCACAAAUUAGAAACUUCAUUAAUUACAUUACAAGCUAAUACUGAUGUUGCAUCACUGAUGCUUUCAGCCUACUGAUGUUGCAUCAGUGAUGCUACACUCAAAUUUUCAGUGCAUGACAAAGUUGAUGCUGCACUUUAAGAAUUGCAAUUAGGAUAUAAAGCUUCACUUUGUUUUACCAUUUAAUCAUACGCUUGUAAUUGAAUCCUGCUUAUGUUGAUGCUCCAUUCAUUCAUGUGUUGUUUUUUUGCAUGUGAAGGUAUAGAUGAAUAUGAGACUCAAUUCUUUGUUCUUUUGAACGUUUGGAUUAUAAUGGCACAAGUCUUUACUAUGAAUGCACAAUUGUUGAGGUAUAGACAACAACAAAGGAGACAACGAGAAAGAGUUAGUUUAGAGCAGAGGACAUUUGUUAGACUUCAUGUUAGGAGAGAGGAAAUAAAUCGUACCACGCGAUUGAGUGAUACUAACUAUUUGUGGGAGCUGCGAAUGGAUAGGAAUGCAUUUGCAGUUUUAUGUGAUUUACUACAAAUUCGUGGUGGGUUGGUAGAUGAUGGUCAUGUUACAAUAGAAGAGCAAGUAGCUACUUUUGUUAACAUAUUAGCCUACCACAAUAAAAACAGGUCAAUGCAAGUUAGAUUCAUUAGGUUUGGUGAAACUAUUAGUCAGUAUAUCCACAAAGUAUUGUGUGCGUUGCUCAAUUUGCAAGACGUGUUGUUUGCAAAGCCAACCCUUAUCCCAGAGGAUUGCACGGAAUCGAGAUGAAAGUGCUUUAAGGGUUGCUUAGGAGUGCUAGAUGGAACAUACAUAGAGGUCACUGUGCCUGCGGUCGAUAGACCAAGAUAUAGAACAAGGAAGGGUCAUAUAGCAACUAAUGUGUUAGGUUUAUGCGCACAUGACCUCAAAUUCGUAUAUGUGUUAUCCGGUUGGGAGGGAUUAGCUACUGAUUCAAGAGUUCGUGGCGACGCUGUUACUAGAGCUAAUGGCCUCAAGGUCCCAACCGGUAAGAUAGACAAGUACCUAGUAUUUUUCCUUACCUUUGUUGGCUAACAACUAAAAUUUAUUAUCAACUAAUAUAGGUAUAUACUAUUUGGUUGAUUCCGGAUAUACGAAUGGUGAGGGUUUUUUGGCACCGUAUAGAGGCACUAAAUACCAUUUGCAAGAGUGGGAAGACAAUUCACGUGCACCUAGGAAUCAUGAAGAAUAUUUUAAUAUGAAACACUCACGUGUUAGGAAUGUCAUUGAGAGAUGUUUUGGCAUCCUCAAAAGACGUUGGGCUAUCUUACGAAGCCUUCCUACUAUCCAAUCAAGAUUCAGGGACGAAUGAUCACCAUAUAUAGUUUACUUCAUAAUUUUAUCAGAAUGUAUAUGGCGGUUGAUCCUGAGGAAAAUGCACGGCUUGCAUUUGAUGAAUUGCCUAUAGGGGAAGAUUUAUCAGAAGUAUUAGCCUACAUUGAAACUGUUGGGUCAAGCCAGACAUGGACUCAAUGAAAGGAUGAUCUUGCAAGAGAAAUAUAUGAUGAGUGGAGAGGAAGGAGAGCUUCAAAAUUGGUUGACACGGUAGUUGUUGUAAUUGUCUUUUAUUGUUUGAUGACAUUUUACUGAGAUGAUUGCUAGAAUUGUUUUUUAUUGUUUGAAGACUAUUGAGAUGUUUGUUUUUUAUUUCUCAAAUUAUCAGCAAGAAAAAAAAUACUAACAAUAAAGUAAAAGACAGAGAAUAAACAUUUAGCAAAAUAACUUGCAGCAAACUGAUUGCAAUGACCUUUUCAUUUCUUCAUAUUGUAGAAUCAAGCAUAUGAAUAUAAAAGACAAAAAAACGCUGUUUACAAUGGCCUUUUCAUUUCUUCGUUUUAGUCCCUUCUUACUUGCCGUAAGUUGUCUUACUAGCUAAUACUGAUGCUGCACCUACUGAUGCAGCAUCACUGAUGCUACACCUACUGAUAUUGCAUCAGUGAUGCUGCAUAUGAAACCAAAGAGUUGCAAUACUGCCCAAAACAACAGUGAAAAACAAACACAUAUAUUGUUCACUGGAUUUGCUUUUUAAUUGAUCAUAUAUAUUGUUCACUAGAUUACCUUUUCCACUAGGAAGUAAUUUAGCUUUGUAAAAAGCUGUAGGCAGAUAUUAACUUAAUUGCAUCAUGUUUGCUCCACUAACAAUAUGUUUCUUUGUUUUACAUAUGUAAUAUUAUGGCUUUUUUGAUAGAUUAUAUGGCCACCUCACGUAAUUGGACUGAUCAUGACGAGGAUGUACUGCUUACCAUCCUCGAGGAGAUGGUAGUUAAUGGUGUUAGGUGUGAGACUGGCAGUUUUAAAGCUGAUACAUUUGUAAUGGUUGCCACCAAGAUGAGGGAGAUGAUUCCGGGCAUUAAUAUAGAGCCAAAACAUAUACAAAACAAGCUGAAGUGUCUAAAAGAAAAGUAUUCAUCUGCAUAUGACAUGAUGAAUACCUCUGGAUUUGGUUGGGAUGACGAAAAAAAAUGUGUUGUUGUGGAUAGUGAUGAUGUACUUCAGCUGUGGGUGAAGAAACAUCCUAAUGCAUCUUACAAACCAAAUAAGCCAUUUCCGUUGUAUCUACGCUUGUGUACGGUGUUUGGGAGAGACCGAGCCACGGGUAGUAUGGCUGAAUCAGCAACAGAUGCAAUCGAAAACAUGAGAUUGGAAAAUGAGGAUGGCGAUGAGACAUUUGAGAUGCCUCCGACUUCACCUACCCCAUCUCCCUCUAUUGGUUCGUCCAAUGCAUCUCAACCUAUUAGGAAGAGGAAGAGGAAUAAGAAUGAUGCUGAUGCAAAUAUUGUAGCUAUUAUCUGUGAAGGAUAGGAUAAAGUUGUUACUGAAAUGAAAAAUUUGGGUGAAAGUUUUACUUUGAGAGGAGCAAAAGCCAAGUUACCUUCUCAGCUUCAGGCCACGGGUCUCCCAUAUGAUCAGGUGUUGAGAAUUUCAAUGAAAUUAGUGAAAGAUAUUGAUAUGAUGAGUAUCUGGUGUACACUGGAUGACUCUCACAAGGCAGAUUUCAUUAAAAUGUAUAUGGAUGACAUCUGAGCAUUAGGGGGUUUAGUAAGACAUUAUCUUCUUUUGUUUUGUUUUGUUUUUUUUUUUUUGAAGUCAGGACGAAUGUUUAAUUUGGGAAUAUUUCAUGUUUAUUGCUUUAGCAAGAUAAUAUCAUUAAGCUUAUAUAUUUUUCAUCCUUGCA